UCUUCUUCUUGGUUUCUGCCCCUUAACUUUCAACUUUGUAAAAUUUGUCAAGUCAACUGUACAGAUUCCGUGUAGCAUUGCAAUGCAAUAAGAGGAUCCAAAUUCCCUGUCUUGUUCUUAUAAGUCCGUAAGAUUAUUAUACAAACCGCCAAUUCCGUCACUCUGUUCAAUAAAGCCAUGGUUGGGGUUACUGUGAAGAGGACACAAGCAGUAGGACCCACUUUCGAGGUCACCCAGCUGAGCUGCUUCAAACUGUCCACCAAUCGGGGCGUUCAGUUGCCGCCGCUGAUGAUGAAGGGUCAGAUCCGUCCGGAUCAGGUAGAGAACGCCACAUUCAGGGUAGUCCUGGCCGAUCGUCAUCCCCUCGGCCAUCAACAAUUUAACGCGCAGAUAAGGCGGCUGGUCAAGUGCUUCAUGUCGGAGGUGGAGAUCACUAAGCGGCUACGGAAGGUAACCUCGAAGCGCCCCGCUAAUCCGGGUGAGUUGAAGCUCAUCCGGCACCUGGAGGCCCUGCGUCGGAACUACGAGACGGAGCGAUCCGCCUUGGUGGUGAAGCUCAGUCUGGACAGCCGUUUCAAUCUGUGUGUACCUUAUGCUGCGCACCUUGGGGACGCCCAGCCAAGCAAGUCCAAAACAUCACGAAAGAGCAAUCCUCUCGAGACUCCUUCAAAGGACAACAAAGCUAUACAAAAAUCCACGAGUCGCAAGAACGAGCAUGACAUACGAACAAGGCAGCGACAAAGUGGAGGAUCCCUGCCCAAAGUGUGCAAACAUGUCGUAACGCCUGGAAAUCUGAACCCGCGACUCAUGGAGAAGCUCUACAAGUUGCAGGAAACCUUUAUAUCGUACUUUGAACGUCCCCAAGUUAAAGAAUAUUUUCCGACCAAUCAAAAUUUAUUGGGGUGUGUCAACAACGAUCUAUCGGCUCAAGUGUCGCCGAGUUCUUCUGACGUAUUUUACGAUUUUCCAGAUAUAGUUAUUUUUUAGACAUGAAAUAAUAUACUGCCUUUUCGGAUUACAA